GAGGGGAGGCGUCACCUGUACGUGAAGCGAACACCUGUUGCCCGGUGGGCUCUUAAAGACUCAUGAGAAAAGAAAAGGUUCGCGUUACAGCUGGGGAUCCCGGUGGCUUUUGUCGCUUAAAGGAACAAAAACCUUCAUUCUGCUCGGUUUCAAACCGUCGCUUCAGUUGGACCGGAGGGAACAUGUAGAGGAUUUAUUUUUAAAGGGAGUCCACCAGCGAACCACAGGCUGAACAUGCUGCAGGUUGUUUGACUGACAGAUAUGGGGUCAGGAAGAUCAUACUGGCAGACUUUCGCUGCAGUUGUACUCAUUUGCCACUUUUUGACCACUGAUGGUGGGAAGUCAGAGGUCCGUGGAAAGGUUGGAGGCUGGGUGGAUCUGGAGUGCAGUUUUUCACCAGCAGGGCGGCAGUCUGGGUUAUCUGCAACCCAACAUGUGGUGGAAUGGGUGCGGCAAGGCGUUGACAUUCCUGUCCUGAUGAAAUUUGGAUCCUACACACCCCGAGUCCAUCCAGGGUUUGAAGGGAGGGCGUCUCUGCUCAGCAGCGCCACCCUAAGGCUGGAGCGCCUGCAGCUGGACGACCAGGGUCCCUACAGCUGCCGGAUAUUUCAGCUGGACAAACUGGAAGAGGAAACGCAGAGCAGCAACUGGACUCUGCUUUCUGUGACUGCCCCGCCCACUUUCACCAAAGCCCCGCCCCCUGUCGUCCAGGCCCUGGUGGGAAGUCGCCUGUCUCUUGACUGCGUUGCUAUUGGCAACCCUACGCCAACCAUCACCUGGCUAAAAGACGGCAGCGCCGUUCCCAGUGCAAACAUUCAGGGAGGAGCGUUGUCUCUGCCGGCGGUGACCGCGCAGGCAGCCGGGCUCUACGCCUGCCACGCCUCCAACGCCGAGGGAAACGCGAGCCGCGUGGCGAAGCUGGAGAUCAAAGGUCCGCCUGUCAUCAUCGUUCCUCCUAAAGACACAACCCUCAACAUGUCCCAGAAUGCACUGCUGCAGUGCCAGGCGGUGGCCGACCCUCCCAACAUGACGUACGUGUGGCAGAAAGCCGGAGAAAACGUCCAUCAUAUCGAGUCUCUGAAGUCGCGCGUGAGGAUCCUGGUUGAUGGAACGCUGCAGAUCUUCCGUUUACUGCCAGAAGACUCCGGGAACUUCACCUGCGUACCGACCAAUGGGCUGCUGACCCCGCCCACCGCCUCCGCCAUCUUAACUGUGAUGCACCCAGCCAAGGCUUUCCAACUACCCGAGGAAACGUACCUUCCCACAGGUAUGGGCGGCGGGAUCCGAUGCCCGGUGGCAGCUCAGCCUCUGCUGCUGCGUGUGGAUUGGAUAAAAGACGGAGCGCCUCUGGAUCUGUCUCUGUAUCCAGGAUGGACUCUGAAAGCCGACGGCUCUUUGGUCAUGGCGACGGUCAACGAAGACGCAGCAGGCACCUAUAGCUGUACUCCAUACAACAGCUACGGUACCAUGGGGCCAUCUGGACCCACCAGGGUGGUUCUGCAGGACCCCCCGUCAUUCAGCAUCACUCCAGCCCAGGAAUACAGGCAGGACGCCGGGAGGACGCUGCUCAUCCCCUGUCAAGGAAACGCAGCUGCAACAGCCACCUGGAGCAAGGUUGACCCGGUUCGUUCUGUUUCCUACUCCAUCGAACCCAAUGGGUCUUUGCUGCUGCAGCCUCUUCUGAAGGACCACCAGGGGGAGUGGGAGUGCAGCGUGUCCAACCGCGCUGCGUCCAUAGAGACCCGCACACGAGUCUUUGUCCUGGGAACCAGUCCCCACGCGGCCGCCGCGCUGUCCGUCUCUCCUGGGCCGAGCCGGGCCAACCUAUCCUGGGAGGCCGGCUUCGACGGAGGAUCAGUGCAGACGUUUUCAGUCUGGGUGAAGAGAAUUUCGGUGAGCGAUGGCGACGGGAGGCAGGACUGGUACUCCGUACCCGUUCCCCCCUCAUCCGGCACCAGCCUGCAGGUUUCGGGCCUUUUUCCCGCCACCGACUACCAGUUCAGCGUCUUGUCUCAGAAUAAGUUUGGCACAGGGCCUUUCAGCGAGAUCGCAACUGCACGCACUUUGGAUCCUCCAGAGAGGAGCAUCAAACCGAAGCCCCCCGCGUCGCUGUCAGCUAAUCAGAACUCAGCAGGUGUCAUCCUGCAGUGGGCCCUCCCUGACGCCCAGCAGCCGCCCAUCACAGGCUUUGUCCUCCAAUCCCGCUCCACCGCCGCCGCAGCAGAGGACUGGUUUAAUCUGGAGGAGAACAUCAACGCCAGCAGCAGCCACAUCCUGGUUAGGGGUCUGCAGAAGGGCCGUGUGUAUGAGCUGCGGAUGCUUUCUCGUCGGGGGGAGCUGCUGAGCGAGCCCGGUCCAUCAGUCAACGUCUCCACCACAGUGACGGAGAGCUUCGCAGCUACGUCCACGUUUGUCCCGGAGUCGUUGCUGGCCGGUGUGCUAGCCGGGAUCGGCUUCAUGUUUCUGGCGCUGGUCUUGCUGCUCGGUUCUGCCUGCUUCGUCAGCCGCAGGAGGGACCGUCGCCGCAGGAAGACGGAGAACGAACCCCUUCCUGCCAUCUAUAAGUGCUCCCCAACAAUUAAGACUUCAGGCUCCAGUAGUCCAGACAGUUUGUUGAAGAAAAGCCUGCUCCCAGCCAGCUCCCACUACCCCACAACGUCUUCCACCACUUCUUCAUCUCAGACGGACUGCUCCACUUUGAGCACAGAGAAUAACCGUCGGCGCAGGACUCUAGAGCCAACCUACAGCAGAGGCCGCCUUACCAAGACAACUUCUUUAAUUUCUCCCUCCAUUGAGUUGAUUUCUAGAGGUCCGGAUGGCCGGUUUGCAGCUGGUGACUAUGAUACAAUAAGUGUUAACAGCAAAACGAUUUCCAGAGUCAAAAGAUCUGUGUCACUCCACUUGGAAAAGGAGGACAAGAAAGACCUGCCAUGUGUGCUUUCUGUUGACGUUCCUCCGUUUAAACUGGAGGGUGAUUCAAGUCAAAUGCACAGCUUGGGUCAACUCCCGCCACUUCAGGAAAGCUACAUUGUUUCGCCUGAUCAGAACAACUUGUACUCAAACACCAGUUUUUGCACCAUGCCUUGUCUCAACAGAGGACUGCCUUCAGUAUUUCCCGUCCUCCCACAUCUCCGAGCCAGCAUUGGUCAGCCUUCAACAACAGCGAGCACUUUGGUUCUCCAAAUGGAACAUGAACGUGAGAAAGGGAACCUUAGUCGGUGCCUGAGGCUGGCACAGGAGCGAGAAGAAAUGGAAAGGGAGCUUCGAUGGUACACACUAGACAGAAACUCCAUGAACGUCAAGACAGAGGAAAGAGAAACAAGCAAUGGGGACGAAAGUGUUGAGAGUCUUAUGUGGGAAUACAAAAGCAAGACCUUACCAAACAUCUAUCGUCAAGGUUGUAAGGAGAGAUCUAGAUACCUUACAUCAUCCUCAACCAACUGGGAAGCCCAUCCUUAUGACUCAAGUUCAACUUUGAAUCCAUUCAGAGAUCAUUUGAAUACAUCUCCCCCUUUCACUCCUUCUUUUUCUCCCAUUUUUCUUGAAUCAUAUACUAAGAAACCCAAUGGAGUCCGCCACUCUUUUGUUGACAGCUCAACUCUCCCUCACCAGAGGUGUCGAGUAGAUCCACCACAAGGCUACGAUAGUCCAAGACGAUUCUCAUCCUUUGACCACCAAACAAGUGACUCAUUCCGUAAGCCACAAAAAGAAAACAUUCUUAGUAAUGGCACAAUGUUUCACAGCAACAGAAACUCUCCAGAUACAGUACCAGACUCUACAAAAUUGGACGAAAUGCUCAGUGAACCAAUUGGUUCAGUUGGCAAAGAGUCGUGUGUCGAGAUGAGCGUAGACGAGCCGGAGUUUGAGUUGCCCACGUUGGAACCUGCGAAGCCCAUGUUACACCACAGGAUUGCUUCUCAUGUUCAACACGGCUGCUCGCUGUCUCAGCGAAGCAGGCAUGAAGACAUGAGAAGAAGUACAAGCUUCAAUUGCAGCAGGAAUGCUUCUGUUGGCAGCUUUGACAUGGCCCAUCUCGGUCAGCAAACCUCAGGACCAGAACACUGGAGAGCUAGGACCCGAGGCUCCAAAACCUUGGACCGCAGUCAGCGAAGUCAGAGUCUAGACUUGAGGAGACAGAAGAAGAGUACCUUUCUCACACCAUCCGCAUGGGUAGAGUCACUCAGCCAAGAGGACUGUUCGGUUGAAUUUUCUCAUACAAGUACCAAAAGUGAGCAACAUUUCUCAACUGCUGUGGGUCCAAAUCGCAGUCGAAAACCUGACGUGCCCCACUACUGCGAACCUAGCCCCUCAGCUGACACUGCCAAUCAUCCAACUCCCAAUCAGGACACAAUGAAGGAAUCAGGUUAUUCUGUCAGCCUGAAGGAGGUUUCCACAUACUUACCGCCCAUCAGUAACGACUUAGAGGCACUGGAAGUGGACUCAGGAGGCUACGAGGGAGUGGCAGACUCUGGUGGCAGCUACAGCAGCUAUGCUAGCAGCGGCCGCGGCAGCAUGGAGACUGCUAACGGGCAUCUGCCCUUGUCUCACUUGUCCCCAACGCUGACCGUCUCACCUGCGACUGCAGAGGACACUCAGGGGGGAUCAGAGGACAAGGAAGGUGGACAAAUAGAACCAAAACGAAGGAGGCAGCCUUCGGUAGAUGAGAAUUAUGAAUGGGAUGCUGGCGACAUCUGCUCACGGCCUGGAAAAGAAGAUGGCGUUCUCCCAACACCAAACCCACAGAAGCCCGCUGCCAACCGGAGUCGUCCCAGCAUGCCGCGCUCCGAGAAAGCACAAAAACGUUCCUCUGCGUUCGCGUCGCUGCCGGGGGAUCAAAGCAGGCGCUCUGCUGUGCCAGAACCAGACGCCGUGCUGUUCUGACAGCGCCGCCGCUCGCAUCGCCUCGCGCCGCGGUGGCGGCGGCUCGGAGCAACCGGGUGACGAAAGCUCACGCUGGAGAAAGUGAGCUCUUCUGCGAUCGAGCUCGUUCUUUUUUUAUUACAUUUUUUUCCAAAAGUGGAUAAAAGACGACCAAAGAUGAGAGCAUUUUGGUGGGUUUGGUCUUUUUUAGCUAAUUAUGCUCAGCAUUUACCACACAGAUUACAAAUCCCUUUGUUUAUUUUGCUAACUGUGGAUGAAUCAACCAGUAGGAUUUAGACAAACUCUCAUGCUGUGAGAUCCAGCGAUAUUGAAUUUCCAGAAAACGCGUCGCACUGAAACAAAAACAAACUUAGUUUUUUUCCCCAGCUACUAUUGGUUUGCUCACUAGGGAGAAUGAAUAGAGCAUUAAAAUGUAAUUUAUUGUACUUAAAUAUGGGAGAAUAUAAGUAACAUUAGGCAGUAGCUGCGUUUCCGUUACAAAUAUAUGCAAAACUUUGUCAAUACUCCACAGAAAUGUGGAAUACGCUACCAUGAAUGUUUGUUUAGCUAAAAUCUUUUCUUGCCUUGUAUAUUGAACCUCUGUGUACAAUAACCCUAAACAAACUACAACGCAAUAGCUCCCAAUGAGCCAGGGGAGCCCAAACGUUUGGACUCAAAACGUUUCGAGUCCAAAGAUCUACUUUUUCUCUCACCAGCCGGCUGAGAUCUACCUCAUAACACGAAGAUAUAAAAAUUGUAAAUUAAACUUUAUUGACUUGUUUUAUAUGCAAAUAUCCAAAAGUUAUAGCAGACAUAUUAAGGUAAUAGAUAAUGCAGUUUCUUCCUCAGUGAGAUUCUGACACUGGGAGGAGGUUACUGGUUUCACAGGCUGGUUGCAAACCUGAGGCCGGCAGGUAUUAUUAUGGUAAAGGUAAAAUAACCUGAACAGGUGAUCAAUUCGUACCUUUUUACUCUCUUUGUGCUUAAGCCCACUCUCUGCUCUGCAAGACGAGCAGAGAUCACGUUAAAAACAUAACAUUCAGUCCGUUACGAUAUCAUUUUUUCAGGCUUGAUAUUUAUUCCUCUAUUAUUAAUAAGCGCUCCCCUGAACACAGCGGCGGUUGAUUGGCUAAUUUAAACUCCUGCUCUGAUAGUCAGUCGAUCUUUGAGACGCCUUUUUUUUUUUUGUUAAUGGAACCGAAACGCACUGAAUUGCGCAACACCUUGUUGAAACAAUAAUUACUGAGAAUAUAAAUUUGAACACAUUUUGUUGAUUUAUUUUUUUGUUCUUUAAUAAAGUUACAAUCAUUUUGGAUCUUUGAAUAUUUUGAUAAGCGCGUCAGAGGAGGACAGGCUGGUUAAAAAUGUAAACAAAACGUAGCAAAAUUACUCAUGGAACACUGUGUAUGAUUACAUUUGUUUAAAAUAUAUGUUAAAAUAUAAUACUUGUAAAGAAAACACGGAGCUGAUCCUAAAACUACCACAGUUACCGACGGCAACAGAAAAAAAAGGGGGGGUGGGGCGGAACUGUCAGUUACUGGUUGCUAUGGUAACCAAGAGCAGAACUUAAAACACCAAUAAUUGUCUGAAAAAUACAACUUACUGACUAAACAAAAUGAAUUCAAAGAAUAAAUAAACACAUUUUUGAGAAACUUCACAUAAUUUUUGCGUGUUUCUUUGUAAUGCAACUCUAAAUUAUUCAGGGAAAAUUUCAAAAACAUUUGACAAUGCAGUGAGUCACAGUGCUACUUUACACCAUCGGUUAGCAUUUACAAACCAGCCAAUCAGGGAGCGGGAUUUAUUUUUUUUGCCCGAAAAGCAGAGAAAAGGAAGUAGCAGCAGUGCUAAAACAAUUUCCACUGAGCAUAUUAAAGCACAUUAAGGUAUAUUUGGUGUUCGAACUAUUAAAGUACGCAGAGAUAAGCAUUUUUACAGGAAGUUUAAAGGGUUUGUGGGAUCUGUAUGUGGUAUGAGCUGGAUGUAUCAUCCAGGAAUAAAUCAAAAAUAAUUUUACCUGUUUUCAGGUUUUGGUUUGAAUGAUUACAUAAAACUGGUUAAAAAAAGUUAUUUUCUUCUCUCUCUAAUUCUAAUCCACUCACCGGGUUUCCAUCCGUCCAACAUUUUUUGGUUUUAUUGCCUGUGAUUUAUUGUUGAUAUAUUAAGAUUUGAAUCUUUUUUUACUAAAAGUAUAAAUCAAGUAUAAAAACUAGUUAACUAUACAUGAAUCCUCACGAGUUUCUGAGUCAUCUGCAAAGGCAAGAGCCAAUUUGUGUAAAAUUCAAUUAAUCAAGAUUAUUGUAGUGUUUUAAAUAUAUAUUAAAAAAUUAAGCUUUUAUUGUAAUUAGAAGGUAAAGACGUGUGAGAGGCGUAAUCCUUUACACACAGGAUUAAUUAUGCUUUUUAUCCAUUUUUAUUUCCUUCUGUUAGGUUGACAUCUAAGAAAUAUAGAAUAAUGAUGUAUUUUUUGCAAGACAUGUUAAAGUUAUAACAGCUUCUUUUUAGAAAGAGAUAUUGAAUUGAUUGAAUAUUACAGGUUUUAUUUUCAGAGAAUAUAUUGUCAUAGUCUAAAAAUUCUGGAUAAGAAAAACCUCAAAAGAAAUUUAAAACUGUAAAUUCAGCAUUUUAAUUUGGUAGAAGAGACAAAUUUGUUGUAAAUAAAUGACUUUAAAGUAUGAAACAAAAUGGCUGCCACGUUGUAGGUUGGAGAUCUGAUCUGACUUUAAAGCUUUUAAAUCAAAGUUUCUUUAUGUUUGUUAAAAAUUAAAGUAUGUUUUUAUAUUUUGA